UAGCGAGUAUUCUUUCUGCUUCAUCUCAUCUGAUAUUUUGUUUUGUUUUGGGUCAUUAAUUUUAUUAGUUUUCUUAUUAUGAAUGAUUAUUUGUUAAAACGUUUUUGGGUGUUCUCUUUUCUCAAAAGUGAGAAAGAUGUUGUCUGGACAUGUUGAAAGAAUUCUUGGAAAGUGGAUUUUUAUUGUUUUUUGAUUUUUUGAUUUUGCGGAUGCAAUAGGCAUGAAUUCUUUCUUUUUGUUUUAGUUGAAUUGAUUUUCCUGUUUCUAAUUCUGUGAUUUAGUUAUAUUCUUAUCUGAACUUUCUGUAUUGUUAACAAAUUGAAGGGAAUCGAAUUUGAAGAUUGGAUUGGUUACGGGAGGUUAUUCUUUUUUGGGAAUUCUAUCAUAUUUGGAAACCUUAAAUUUCAAGAAUUCAGUAUAAUAAGAUUGUCAAAAUGGUGUUUUGAGAAAAGAUCGACAUGGAAGAUAGUCUUUUUUCACCUGGUACGAUGCUCGGUGGUCCACUGGAUUCUGCUAUGGACUUGGACUACAUGAAUGAAUUGUUCUCAGAAGGAUGCUGGGUUGAAACUAUUGAUGGAUCUGAGUACCCUCAUCCUAGUCCCUCUUUUUCUACUUCCUUCUUUGACUCAUCUUUUCCGUUUCCUGCUUUAGAGACUAUCAAUGGCAAGACAAUCACAAGUACUAGCUUAUCUCAACAGGGCAACCAAGAAGAAAGUCAAAAACCGUUCUUGCUGGGAAAUUCUCCUAUGAUUGAACUCCAAGGAAGAACUCCUCUUAAUACUCAAUCUCUGAGCCAGAGCAUGGUUACUGUUGAUGGAAGCCGUAGAGAUUUAGAAAAUUACAUUAAUGAAGGUUUUGAAACAAGCAGAAGGUGGUGGAUUGAGCCCAUGGCAAAUCCAGGACCUGCAACUACUGUAAUGGAGAGAUUAAUACGGGCAUUUGGGCUCAUUAACGAUUUUGCAAAUCAUAAUGAUGUGCUUAUUCAAUUGUGGGUGCCUGUAAAUAGAGCUAAUAGACGUGUUCUGACUACUUAUGAACAACCUUUCCAACUUGGUCUCAACUGUCAGAGGCUUGCAAAGUACAGGGACAUCUCUGUUAACUAUAUUUUUUCUGCUGAGAAGGAUACCAAAGAUGUGGUGGGAUUGCCUGGUCGGGUUUUCUUGGGUAAGGUUCCCGAGUGGACUCCUGAUGUCCAAUUCUUUCAAAGUGAUGAGUAUCCACGAGUUAAUCAUGCUCAACAGCAUGAUGUUCAUGGAACCCUUGCUGUUCCUGUUUUUGAACUAGGCAAUAGGACUUGCUUGGGCGUUAUUGAGGUUGUGAUGACAACCAGGAAGAUCCAGUAUCGAUCUGAACUUGAAAAUGUUUGCAAAGCACUUGAGGCUGUUGAUCUUAGGAGCUCUGAGGUUCUUAGUGUUCAAAACAUAAAGGCAAACGGGAUAUCAUACCAAGCUGCCUUACCUGAGAUUCAAAAGGUCUUGAGAUGUGCCUGUGAGACUCAUGGAUUGCCUUUAGCUCAGACUUGGGUCCCAUGUAUCCAACAGGGUAAAAGGGGUUGCUGGCAGUCUGAUGGAAACGUUCAUUGUGUUUCAACUGUAGAUCAUGUGUGCCACGUUGCUGAUCCUGAUAUGAAGGGUUUUCACGAGGCUUGCUCUGAGCAUCACUUGUUAAAAGGUCAAGGUGUAGCUGGGGGAGCAUUUCUGACAAACCAACCUUGCUUCUCAACCAACAUAACUUCCUUUAAAAAGACCGAUUAUCCUCUCUCUCACCAUGCAAAGAUAUUUGGGUUGUGUGGUGCUGUUGCAAUACGUCUGCGGAGCAUCCAUACUGGUACAGCUGACUUUGUCUUGGAGUUCUUCUUGCCCAAGGGUUGCAGGGAUCCUGAAGAACAGAUGAAGAUGCUUAGUUCUUUGUCCAUCAUCAUUGAGCAGGUUUGUAGGAUCUUACGGGUUGUAACAGACAAGGAGCUGGAAGAAGAAACUGAUUCGCCUAUUAGUGAAGUGAUUGUCCCUUCAGAUGAUACACUUAGUAGAGAAAAGAUGUUAAAGGUGGAUACCCAUUCAGAAAAGUAUUCUCAAGAAAAUUCAUCCUCAGCAGCCUGUGUCAUGGGGGUCCAAAAAAAUUGUGAUGUCUCAUUAAACCAAACUGAAAAACCAAGGGCUGUAUCUGAUGAAAAAUCUGUGGAGGUUAGGAAACAAGAAGAAGAUGUUAGCCAAAAAGGGAGUGUUGAACAUUGUGGAGAUUCUAAUUCUGGUGAGGGUAGCUUCUCAAGUGUGGCUAUGAGUAGAACAGGAGAGAAAAGACGUACCAAGGCAGAGAAAACUAUCACCUUGCAAGUUCUUCAGAAAUAUUUUUCUGGGAGCCUAAAAGAUGCUGCUAAAAGUAUUGGUGUUUGCCCCACCACCUUGAAAAGAAUAUGUAGGCAACAUGGGAUAAAGCGUUGGCCUUCCCGAAAUAUCCAGAAGGUCGGGCGUUCCUUACAGAAACUCCAACUUGUGAUUGACUCUGUUCAAGGUGGCUCUGGUGCUUUCCAAAUUGGUUCCUUCUAUUCAAACUUCCCUGAGUUGUCUUCUCCAAAUGUAUCAAGAACUAGUCCUUUUACAACUUCUGUGCUGAGUGAUCAUCUCAAGCCAACAAGCCUGCAGCCCAAAGGUGGCAUUUGCAGCCCCAAAGCAGCAAAAUCACCCUCUUAUAGUCAGAGUUCCAGUUCAAGCCAUUCUUGUUCCAGUGGGACUCAGAAACACUUUUCUGCAAACAGCGUUGCUGGUUAUGAAGAUCCUAUGGCUGGAGAGAGCUCUGGAAAUGUUGUUUUGAAGAGGGUCAGAAGUGAAGCAGAACUGCAUGCUUCAAAUCAAGGACCGACGUUGUUGCCAAGGUCACAACGCCACAAAUCUCUUACUGAACAGCACAUUUUGGAGACUCUUUCUUCCUUGCCAGAAAAUUGUGGCCAGUUAUCCCAAGAGGUUCACGUGCUGAGAGUAAAAAUCUCCUUCGGAGAUGAGAAAAUAAGACUCCGCAUGCAAGAUAAUUGGAAAUUUAAUGAUUUAGUACAAGAAAUUGCAAGGCGGUUUAAUAUCGAAAACAUGAGCAUAUUUGAUCUCAAGUACUUAGAUGAUGACUGUGAGUGGGUCUUAUUAACAUGUGAUGCUGAUUUAGAGGAGUGUAUUGAUAUAUGCCAAUCAUCUCAGAGCCACACAAUUAAAAUCUCACUGCAACCUUCUCAUCAUCUUUCAGAAAGGUUAUUGGGUAGCAGUGGCCCUUCUUGAUCCUAAGAAGAAUUCUUCCAUUGACUCUGGUUGGAUUUUAAAACUGUGAUGGUAAAGCACUCAGCAUAAUAUUCUGGCAUAGGAAUUGAACGGCUAUUCACAA